UGAUUGGUCAGCUUUGAAGCUGACACGUUUGUCGUCUGGUUCGCCUAACCUUGGACGUCAAUCCUGUCAGACGUUUUGAAUGAAACUAUUCGGAGCAAUUAUGAUCUAGUCCGAGAAUAAGAUAAAUGUGCGGGAGUCAUUCGCCUCUUAUUCCUUAAAAAUAAAACAGAUACUUCUCUUUGUGCUUCCUUUUUAUUAUUUUUUUAUAGAUAUACUGUAGUUGUGUCAAUAGGCCGGUGUGGUAUAAUGCGAGUGCCGACCAACGUUGUUUUUCUUAGCAUUUUUGUGAUCAUAUCGACUUGCAUGAGCAUCGUUCAAUGCGAGAAAGAAAAGCUGAGCAAGGAGGAACUAAAAUCUCAAAAAUUUCCGCCCUGCGCAGCCUGUAAAAUACUUACCAAUAGUUUUAAGAAGGGUUUAGAAAAAACAAGUCGUGGAAAAUUUGAAGGUGGAGACAGUGCUUGGGAGGAGGACAAGUUAGGCUCAUAUUCAAAAAGUGAGAUACGAUUGAUUGAGAUACAAGAGAACUUGUGUAAAGAUAUUGAGCAUGGCGAGGCACAAUGUCAAUCUUUAGCUGAAGAAUUGGAAAAUCAGAUAGAGGAAUGGUGGUUUAAGCAUCAAGAUAUUCAUCCAGAUAUAUAUGAUUACAUCUGUAUUGAAAAGACAGAGCGUUGUUGUCCAAAAGAUCAUUAUGGCCCAAAAUGUACACAGUGCCCAGGAUAUCCAGAUAAAAUCUGUAGCAAUAAUGGCAAAUGUAAAGGGGCUGGCACAAGAAAGGGAAAUGGUGGUUGCUUCUGCGACAAAGGAUAUACUGGAGAUAUCUGUUCAGAAUGUGCUCCAGGAUACUAUGAAUCUUAUAAGGAUGAAAAGACCUUGCUAUGUUCUGUAUGUCACAUGGCAUGUGACGGGUCUUGUAGAGGUGGGGGGCCAAAGGAUUGCGAGAAAUGUACUAUUGGAUGGUACAUGAUUGAAGAUAAAGGUUGUUUUGAUAUUGAUGAAUGUGUAAAAAGUGAUGCUAUUUGCCCUGGCAAUCAAUUUUGUGUUAAUAAAGAAGGAAGUCAUGCUUGUUUGGCUUGCGAUAAGGCUUGCAAUGGUUGUACUGGUGAUGGACCAGAUAUGUGUCUCAAAUGUGCUGAAGGUUUCUAUAAAAAGGAUAAUAUGUGCAUAAAUUCAGAUCUUUUUGGCCGCAAAAAACAAGAAAAUCUGAUGAGAUAUAUGACAUAUUUCGGCCUCUGUAUGGCAACAUGUAUCAUUUUGCAGCGCAACGUUUAUGCUGCAAGCGUUAUUGGUUUAUUAGUUGCAGUUUAUAUAUCUGUCUCAGAGUACAUGAUCGCGCAUAGCAAUGUCCAGGACACAACAGCAAACAUGGAUAUUUUAGGACCAGUUUAAGUAGGAAUGUAAUUGAAAAAAUUCUUUGUAAAGUUAUUUCUACAUAUUGUAUAACGAUCAAGAGCCAUUAUCCACAUGUAAAAUAUGUCGUAGAUAUUAAAAAUAAUAUAAUUAAUUUUAUUGUA